CACAUUCAUUGACACCACAGAAGAAUCAAGAAAUCUAAAAUAAUGUCGUACGAGGAGGACCAGCUAACCAAGACACUCCAGAGGAUGGUGAAGUGGCAGUACGAAAUAGAUAGAAGCCGCUAUGACUUGAAUGAGUGGGGCCAAAAAUACUACGACAGCAAGCAUGCGCAAUCUGCAUAUCACAACCAGCACGGGCUCAAUGCAUAUCUGGCAGACAAUAUAAAGCAGACCGAAGAGCUGCAGUGGGAGGUCGGUAAUGCCAGGAGAAUGGUUAAUAAAAAGCUGGAGGAGGUACACGACAAGUUCCGUGAGUUGGACGAAAUGGUUGCAUCGGACCCGCAGCAUAUCGUUGGCACACACGAGGAUCUGUGGACAAAGACUGCCAAAGGCAGGGCGACCAAGUCCAUCGAAGUGCUUACCCAGUACCGGGUCUUGAAGAGGAGCUGAGCUGAUAUAUGCUGGCUCCCAAUUUCCCAAUCGAGCCGGCGAGCCACAGCCAGGUCCUGAAUCAUAAACCGUUUCCGUCACCUUUUGUUGUUUGUCUUUUCU